AUGCAUAUUUCGCAAAUAGCCUCCUCGAACUCUGCUACUGAACUAUUCAGCAACACAACUUUCGGAAACUCCCAAUCGAGUUUUGCGAAAUAUGAUUCUAUUCGGAAUAUAUGCCCACAGAACUGUGACGAGACGGGCAGUGAGCCUGUUUCCUGGACAGCCUACCACAAGGGAGCAAACAUUUUAUCCAAAUGCAAUGAGACCAUGCUACUAGACUUUGUCCUCUAUACGCCCCUCGACGACCCAAGCAAACAAACCAGUAUCCGCUCUUGUGCAGCAAACUUUGAUGGCUCUAAUAAGAGGUUAAACUAUUCCUGCCCCUCUUCUUCUUACUCCUCGAGUCAUACAUCGUCAAUAUAUGAUGGUUCGAUGCAACUUGCUUGGACAGGACCGAAUAACUCCACUUUCUCUCCAAAUGCUGUGGCUGCAGUCCAACAGAUUGAACGGUAUCUAUCCCAACCAUCUGCUUCAUGUGGCGAGGAGGCUAUUAGCUUCGCAGUGUCCGGAAAUGUUGUUAUCGGGCUAUAUGCAGGUUCUGGAAUCCGCUCACAGAAUCUUGUGACUCCGAUUUUGGAGCAGUUAAUCCAAAGAAUCGAGACCAAUGGCCUACCCGAAACCCUUGUGGCGCAGUUAUGCGCUACGAAGGGCCAGAGCUCUAGACCUUGCAACGGCACAGGCGAGUGUGCAGGCAUGGAGAAACGGUAG